CACAGCAAGAGACUUGAAUCAGUUUGCAUCCUUUUGUGGGCUUUAAAUGGCCGAACAAAAGAACCAGGUUGAUGAAGAGUCUUCUGGUGAGGAAAAGGUUCCGUUCGACAGCAGAGGAAAAAAGAAGACGAGUGGCGCGUCUCCGUUGCGGCGGCGAAGCCGCCAUGCCGCAUUGACAGGUGGCAAAGGCAGCGUGUGUGUCCCUAUGAUUCCUGGAAUGACUGAACAACAGGUUCAAGGUCUGCGGGAAGUCUUUGGUCUUUUCGAUCCAGAAGGGUCGGGCAGAGUCCGACCAGAUGAAAUCCGAACGGCCGCAUCAAAUGCUGGUUUGGAGAAAGAGUAUCCAGAGGUUUGGCAACUGCUGGCCGGCUUGGAAAGCCAUGAAAGUGUAGACUUCGAGGA